AUGGUGUUCACACGUGGCGAUAUAUCCGGCCACGAUGAUCAGACAAUAGAUCAUCAAGAUCCUAGCAAAGAUGUCAUAAUUGUGUCCUGGGAUGGGCCGCGAGAUCCAGGAAACCCAUACAACUGGUCUCUGUGCGAGAAAUGGCUUCUCACAGCCCUCGCCGUGUUCGCCACCUUCAUGACCAUGAUCAACGGCACAAUCAUCACAGUAGCCCACGAUCCUAUGAAUGAGCGCUUCAACAUUUCAGAUGCCCAUUUCCCACAUUCAUACUGGCCCGUCACAUCGUGGGCCGUUGGCGGUGGCUGUUUCUCCCUGCUGGUCCUGCCGCUCAUGGAGGAUUUCGGUGUGCGAUGGGUGUUCCUGGGCACGUACGUGACCUUCAUCUGUUUUGUCGUGCCCCAGGCUGUGGCACAGAAUUUUUACACGUUGGUCAUAACGAGAUUCUUCGCCGGGGGUUGUGUCUCCAUCCUCGCCAAUACCUCUGGCACGGUGAUUGGGAAUGUCUGGGACACAGAGCUAAAUCGCAACGUUCCUGUCAGUCUUUUUAUCGUUGCCUACCUGUCGGGUAGUAGCAUUGGCCCCGUCAUUGGGGCUGCUAUCUACCAGGCUCUCACGUGGAGGUGGAUUGGCUAUAUCCAGAUCAUGUGGUAUGGCGCUUUCUUCCCUCUGUACUUCUUUUUGUUCAGAGAGUGUCGUGGAAUUGCAAUCCUAGGGCAGCGAGCUAGGGCUCUGCGACGUGAAGGCCAGAGCGCUUAUACCCAGCAUGAAAUCGACACACAAGGCCAGUCGAUUUUGAGUAUUGUGGGCCACAGCGCGAUCAGACCUCUUUUUCUCUUCUUCACCGAGUCCGUGGUGUUUGUAUCGACGCUAUGGUCCGCCUUUACCGUCGGUACGUUGUACCUAUUCACUCAAUCUGUUGAGCAGGUGUUUGUAGCCCUGUAUGGCUGGACACCAGCACAAGCUGGAUACGUCCAAUCAGCAGUCGUGAUCGGAGAACUUCUGGGAUGGGUGGUUACCUUGUUCUCAGGCAAACUUUACUUCAACUCGGCAUCCCGCAACAAGGAAAUUCCCGGUACGCCUAUUCCGGAGGCCCGGCUGUACCUCGCUAUUGUAGGCGGUAUCUUCGGCAUCUCGGGUGGUAUGUUCACAUACGCUUGGACCUCAUACCCCAAUCUUCCGUGGAUCGCACCGGCCGUUGGUCUCGCCAUGGUAGGGGCUGGCAGUGUCAUUGUCGUGACGGGAAUUUCCGACUAUGUGGUCGAUGCGUAUAGCAAAUAUGCAGGCAGUUGCAUGGGUAUCAUUGCCACUGGUGAGAACACCCUGGCUGCGUUCCUCCCUCUAGCUACCAUGAGCAUGUAUUCUCAUCUUGGCCUCCGAUGGGCUAGUACGCUACUAGCUUUCAUUGCAUUGGCUCUAUCUUUUGCCCCGAUAUUGGUGCUGAUAUGGGGCAAAGAGAUCCGUGCACGGAGUCCGUUCAUGAAGGAAGCCAUGGUGGAAAAGAGGAGGAAGAGUAUCGACUCGGUCUGA